UUCUUUUGGCUCUAAAUUUUGAAAUGUUGAAAAAAUGAACAGGGCAGAAAAGCUGUGUCUUUCUUUGUUAAGCUACUGCAAAACACUUGGAAACCUCAACCAAAUCCACGCCUUCGUUUACAAAUCCGGCCUUGAGACCAACCCACUAAUCGCCGGAAAACUCCUAAUACUUGGUGCCCUGCAAAUUUCUGAUGCUAUUGAUUACGCUCGCCGUUUGCUCAUACACUAUCCAAACUCAGAUGUGUUCAUGUACAACACCCUCAUCCGAGGUGAAUCCGAGUCAGACUCACCCAAGAAUUCAGUCAGCACAUUCAUUUACAUGCUGCGACAAUCAUAUUCUCCUCCUGAUAGUUUCUCCUUUGCUUUUGUACUCAAAGCAGCAGCUAAUUUACGGUGUUUAACAACUGGGUUUCAGCUGCAUUGUCAAGCUAUGACUCGUGGGCUUGACACCCAUCUCUUUGUUGGGACUACAAUUAUUAGUAUGUAUGCGGAAUGUGGGUUUGUUGAGUUUGCUUGGAAGGUGUUUGUUCAAAUACCUCAACCAAAUGUUGUGGCGUGGAAUGCAAUACUUACAGCGUAUCUUCGAGGGAGUGAUGUAAGUGGUGCAGAUAAAGUGUUUGGUUUAAUGCCGUUUAGGAAUUUGACUACUUGGAAUGUGAUGCUGGCAGGGUAUACUAAAGCAGGGGAGCUUGAACGUGCAGAGAGGUUGUUCUUGCAGAUGCCAAGUAGAGAUGAUAUUUCUUGGAGUACUAUGAUUGUUGGAUUUUCUCAUAAUGGUUGCUUUGAUGAGGCGAUUCGGGUAUUCAGGGAAUUGGUUGGGAGUGAAAGUAAACCCAAUGAAGUGAGCUUGACGGGUGCUUUAUCUGCGUGUGCUCAAGCUGGGGCGUUUAAGUUUGGGAUGGUAUUACAUGCAUAUAUAGAGAAAGUGGGGUUGGUUUGGAUAACUUCUGUGAACAAUGCACUCUUGGAUACCUACUCCAAGUGUGGAAAUGUGUUGAUGGCUCGUCUUGUCUUUGAGAGAAUGCUUGGGAAGAAAACCAUCGUUUCUUGGACUUCUAUGAUCGCAGGGUUUGCAACGCAAGGAUAUGGUGAAGAGGUGAUAAAAUAUUUUCAUGAGAUGGAAGAAUCUGGGACCAGACCUGAUGGGGUCACUUUUAUUUCAGUACUUUAUGCAUGUAGUCAUGCUGGUUUAGUUGAACAAGGUCAUGAGCUAUUCAGUAAAAUGACAGAAAUUUAUGACAUUGAACCAACUAUUGAGCAUUAUGGUUGUAUGGUUGAUUUGUAUGGUAGGGCUGGUCAGCUUCAUAAGGCAUAUGAUUUUGUGGUUCAAAUGCCAGUUCCACCCAAUGCAGUUAUCUGGCGAACACUUCUUGGGGCUUGCAGUUUUUUUGGUGACAUUGAAAUGGCUGAGCAAGUCAAGGAAAGACUCUCUGAGCUGGAUCCAGACAAUUCUGGUGACCAUGUUUUGCUGUCCAACAUUUAUGCAUUUGUAGGGAAAUGGAAGGAUGUUGCCAUGGAGAGGAGAUCAAUGACUGAGAAAAAAUUGAAGAAAAUACCAGGUUGGAGCACGAUUGAAAUAGAGGACCUUUUUAGCUGGUCUCAUGAUACCUAACCUUGAAGGUACUGGAAAAGUAGGGCUCCAUUCCAUUGAGUCAUCUGCAGGACCUUUUUAGCUGGUCUGUGGAUGGUUCUCGUUUAUCCCAACCU